AUGUGGCUGUAUGUGUUGAUGUUUUUCAGAGUAUCUGGAGGUGAGUUAUUUGACCGCAUAGUAGAGAAAGGAUUUUAUACGGAAAAGGAUGCCAGCACCCUGAUACGACAAGUCUUGGAUGCUGUCUAUUAUCUUCACCGGAUGGGCAUCGUUCACAGAGACCUCAAGCCUGAAAAUCUGCUCUACUACAGCCAGGAUGAAGACUCUAAAAUCAUGAUCAGUGAUUUUGGAUUGUCCAAAAUGGAGGGGAAAGGAGAUGUCAUGUCCACGGCCUGUGGCACCCCAGGAUACGUUGGUAAGUACCCCAAAUAUUCCAAGUAUGCAGACUUAGAAAAUCGUCUAUGGGCUCCAUUUCAGAAAGACGUAUCCGUGCAACCGAAGACUAAAGAUUUUAUUCGGAACCUGAUGGAGAAAGACCCCAAUAAAAGAUAUACCUGUGAACAGGCGGCCCGUCACCCGUGGUAUUCCUACAAGUGGCUUCUUUUGUCUCCUCUCUUCCAGCAAGCCUUCAACGCCACAGCUGUGGUGAGACACAUGCGGCGGCUACACCUUGGCAGCAGCUUGGACAGCGGCUCCAACAUUAGCGUAUCAAACAACCUUAGUUUGGCCAACCCGCUCCCGGACGGCGCAUCCCGAAAAGAGUGUAUCCCCUCGUCUACUCCCUGUAGUUUUUCUUCUUCCGCUUCGCCCUCUAUUCCUGCUGGAGGGGAGAGGAGGCCCAGACAGACCACGAUAACCACAACCACGAUACACACAGGGACUAAGUGAUCGGGGUCACCCCCAUGAUUCCACCCACACGGAAGAUGUCACAGAGAUGGGGGAAAAGACCCAUCUCGGUGCCCAUAUAGGCAGGGAAGGAAACUUUUCUUCCAGGUGAUUCCAUCCUGCAUUGCAAACACAUCGAAGCAUUAGGGGAAUAGAAGGAUUUCAACAAAAACACACACACACGCAAAAUAAAUGGCCAUAUUUUGUACUGCGAUGCUGAAAAAAUUGCAUCCAGUGUGAACGGAAGUGACUUUCAGGAGGACGGAGAGGAAAACUGGUUCUGAGUCCAGGAAUCCAAAGUGUUCUGACUUAUGUCGGACCAGUUGUUAGUUCCUCAAUGAUUUAAUUCUCUUCUCAGUGUUAACCUGCUUUGUUUUUUAUCAUUAACAAAAUAGUUCAACUGGGUUAUGUUUAGAUUAAUUUCAAACGUUUUUUUUCUCGUUGUAUUUUUGUAUUUUCAGCUUUGUUGGGGGCGGGGGACUAUUUCUCGUUUUGUUUUGUUUUUCAGAAAUAGAGAAUACAAAGAAGUUUGCAUUAAUCUUUCAAAUAAAGAAGCCUCUUGCAGCCUGUUUUAUAUGUACAUAUAUGUACAUAUAUUUUUUUUUCUUAACUCCAUAACUCUGGGCUGCAGAUUUGUCUGGAUCUUGCAAUGGCGCUGAAAGCAAAUUGUUUUUGCAUCCUAUUUUGUCAAGAAAAUGGAAACAAUGCUCCCAUUUCCUUCCAGUCCCACAGAAAGGGAAGAUUUCAUGGGUUGGGUUUAAGAAUAAGAUUCUGUGUUAAUCACAGAAAUAAUGUUUUAUUUCUGUAUUCGCACCAGACUCAUCUUUAUGGGACCCCAAAAUGGGGCUUUAAGAAUUUCCUUGUGUUUUUCCCCCUUUUCAAUUGAAACUGAGGAGAGGGAAUGGGGAUAAAAAAUGUAUCAUGUCCAAAGACCAGCAUAUUCCAUACAGUGUAAAAAAGGAUAUGGAAAUAUAAAAUGACAGUAUCUAAAGCAAAGAAUGAAACGGUGUGGAACUGGGGAAGUUCAUAAACGCAUCAGAAUAGACAUAUCAGGAAAUCAAUGUACUGUAAAAGUCUUGAGUGUGAUUCUUUUCUAGCAAAAUAUGGAAUCGUUUGUUUUAAAUCAAGUAUCCUAAGCAAAGGAGCUGGGCGGCUUUCACACAGGCGAAAUGUAAUUUUUGUCCCCGUGGAUAUAAGCAAUUAGAAAAUGUGGA